CGGGCGCCGGACCCCCAGGCGGAGCGACAGGUCUCGGGCCCUCAGGCGGAGCGGCGGGCGCCGGACCCCCAGGCGGAGCGACAGGUCUCGGGCCCUCAGGCGGAGCGGCGGGCGCCGGACCCCCAGGAGGAGCGACAGGUCUCGGGCCCUCAGGCGGAGCGGCGGGCGCCGGACCCCCCAGGCGGAGCGGCGGGCACCGAGUCACCAGGCACGACAGUGGGCUCCGAGUCAACUGGUAUGACCGCAGGCACUGGGUCAGACAUUGUAUGGUCUGGCUGGACAGCGGGCAUCGGGGUCACCAGGCAUCAGGUCAUUUGGCUCGACAGCGGGCACCGCGUCAUCUGGCAAGGCAGUGGGCUCCGAGUCAACUGGUAUGACCGCGGGCACUGGGUCAGACAUUGGAUCGUCUGACCGGACAGCGGGCAUCGGGUCACCAGGCAUCAGGUCAUUUGGCUCGACCGCGGGCACCGCGUCAUCUGGCAAGGCAGUGGGCUCCGAGUCAAC